AUGGAGGAUAAAUCAGAGAAGAAAGAUGAUAGCCACCCAUCUCUUCUCCUCCCUAAUCGUGGCACCAUCAAGGAAGACAAUUCUCCAAAGAAAGCCAUUGGUGGUGGCAGUGACAGGCUGAAGAGGGAUGAGUGGAGUGAAGGGGCUGUGUCAACCCUUCUUGAGGCCUAUGAGGCCAAAUGGGUGCUCAGAAAUAGAGCCAAACUCAAGGGUCAUGACUGGGAAGAUGUUGCAAAACAUGUCUCAUCAAGAGCCAACUCCACCAAGUCACGAAAGACACAGACUCAGUGCAAGAACAAGAUUGAGUCCAUGAAGAAAAGGUACAGAUCAGAGUCUGCAACCACUGCUGAUGCAUCAUCUUGGCCUUUGUACUAUCGCCUUGAUCUUCUCCUGCGUGGCACAGGUCCAAUAUCUUCACUCCCACCACCAACAACAACAGCCCCAUCGUUUCAACCACCACAUGCUAACCAGGCUUUGGUGUUGUUGGAGCCUCCUUCAUUGGCUGUGUCACAAGCUCCCCCUUCUGUUGCUCCUCCACCACUCACAGUUGCACAAAACUCACAUGGAUCCAAUGGUGUUGAAAGACUAGCCAAGGAAGAUGGGUUAGGAGCCAAGUCAUUUGAGCAUGUAUCUAACAAGAAUCCAAUGGACUCGGAUAGCAGCACACCUGCUCUAUACAGUGAAAAGGAGAAGGUGAUCAGAUGCAACAAGAAGAAGAUGAAAAGUGAGAAGAAGAUGAAGAAGAGGGUGAGAAGGAACAGUAACAGUAACAGUAACAGUAACAGUAAUGAUAAUAAGAAUGAAGAGAUGGACAUAGGAGAGAGCAUAAGGUGGCUAGCAGAAGUGGUGGUGAGGUCAGAGCAAACGAGAAUGGAGACAAUGAAAGAGAUUGAGAAGAUGAGGGUUGAAGCUGAGGCAAAGAGAGGGGAAAUGGAGCUGAAGAGAACUGAAAUCAUAGCCAAUACUCAACUAGAGAUUGCUAGGAUCUUUGCAAGUGUCAAUAAAGGUGUUGAUUCUUCACUAAGAAUUGGAAGAAGUUAA